AGUGAAAAUGACACAGCUGACAACUCAGAUGACUGGCAGAACCUGGGGAUCCUCAAGGCAGGCAGACUAGAGAAGUUGGUGGAUCAUCUGGUACCAUGUCUAGUGUUCAAGGACCCCCUUUUUGUCCCUACCUUCCUGUGCACCUACCAAUGUUUCACAACCACACAGCAGGUUCUGGACCUGCUGUUCACAAGGGCCAUCUCCAUCCUGAUCACCUGGCUGAACCAAUACUUAGAGGACUUCUGUCAGCUUCCAGACUUUCUGUGCCUCAAGUUCUUGAUAGCACAGCUCAACAUGCCAGGGUCAAAUGAGGAGUGCCAUGCUCAGCUUCUUCUGGCCCAGUGGGAACACGUGGAGUCCAGUGAGCCUGAAACUGAGAGGGAGCAGCCUGUGUCAGAUCCUUCAGAGCCUUCAGAUGUGACCACAGAGAACAGAUGGAAUGAGGAGAAGCCUCAUGUCUUGUUGGCAUUCCCACCUGAUUUAAUUGCAAUGCAGUUAACUCAGAUGGAUGCUGAACUAUUCAAGAAGGUGGUGCCCUACCACUGCCUGGGUUCUAUUUGGUCCCAGUGGAACAAGAAGGGCAAUGAGCAUCUCGCAGCCACCAUUCAUGCCACCAUCAUCCAAUUCAACAAUGUGGCCACCUGUGUGAUGACCACUUGCCUUGGUGAUUGGAGUAUGAAGGCCCCAGACAGGGCCAGGGUGGUGGAACACUGGAUUGAGGUUGCUGGUGAGUGUGGCGUUCUGAACAAUUUCUCUUUCCUCUAUGCUAUUCUCUCUGCUCUGCAGAACAUUGCCAUCUACAGCCUGAAGAGGACUUGGGAAGAAGUCUGUAGUGAAAACUUCCAGAAAUUUGAGAUGCUAUCAAGAAUUUUUUCUCCUGAAAACAAUCACUCCAUGAGCAGAAAGCUGCUCACCACAGGGAAAUAUCCAAAUGCAACCAUAGGGUGGAAGUCCAAGAGGACUGAGAGGCAGUCCAAGGAGAUGGGCACCAUCCCCUACCUGGGCAUCUUUCUCACUGACCUAGUGAUGUUGGACAAUGCCAUGAAGGACUAUCUUAAUGAGAGAAUCAUCAACGUUGAGAAGAUGAGGAAGGAGUUCCAUGUGAUCAACCAAAUCAAGCAGCUGCAGGCUACUUAUUAUAAGUACAACAUUUCACCCCAGGAGCUCUUUGGGCUGGUUCUGGGAUGGACAUCUCAGUGUGGCACAAAGGCCCUGGGCAGGAGUCAGGAUGUGGCUCUUUUUAGCCUCAACAUAGCCUUCCAUAGCUACAAGCUUUCAUGUAAUUUGGAGCCUCCAUCCAUGUCAGCUAGCACUACCCACAAGACCAAGAACACAGCCAUUGGGAGCAGCUGCCAGGCCCCCAACACAGAGUGCUAUACCAAGCCCUAUGACCAGCUCAAGUGUGACAACAAUUUCAGCAGUGGGUACAUGGGUGACCAAUUCUGCAUGAACUCAACUGGGUCCUCCAGGUCAGACAUACAAUAGAUCAACAUGAGUUUUAUCCUGGAGUCUCCUGAUGGCCAGGAAAAGGUGACUUUCCAUCCUUUGACUCCUCCCCAAAGUGCCAGCCUUUCGGCCUCUUAGUCAUCCUCUUAGUCUUCCAGCAUUAGCUCCACCUUGACCACCACUAGCAGCAACAAGUUCCCUAUCUCUUGGGUCUGCAACACCUGCUUCACAAAGGCCCUCUACAACCAGCAGGUGGGUGACUAUGCUAUCAUCCGUAUGAGCCUGGAGGUCAACAGUAGCAACUUCUACAAGAGCAUCCUGGUGACCAGUCAGGAUAAAUCUCGCAUCAUCCACAAGGCCAUGGAUAAUCACAAUCUAGACAUGGAUAAUCCAGAGGACUGUGAGCUGGUACAGAUAAUCUCAAAAAAUUGCAAGAUGAAAAUUCCUGGUAAUUCUAAUGUAUAUUAUGCCAUGAAUUCAUCUGCUAACUAUCAGUUUAUUCUGAAGAAAAGAACACUCAAUAGAUGGACAGUGGGAAAGCAUGGUGCCAGACUCACCCUGCCUUGGAGUAAGCGGAAAGGACUCAGAUUUUCCAAAGGCAUAUUUUGCAGUGAACAGGAGCAACUCUGCCCACUGAAGACAUUGCAUACUAAAUCAAAUAUGAAAGGUGGAGACUCAGGAUCCCCCAGGUGGAAGGAACAAGGAACCCUGAAAUGCUCUGGAGUCUUGGUGGAAGAGGCCCAGCUCCCAUCCUUCGAGCCCUACCCCUUCGUUUUCCUACCUCAGUCCCUAAACCCCUCCAUAGAGAAGUUUUCUGCUCAAAGUGAAUUAGAUCUUCCUAUUCAGGGGCCACUGUCCCUUGAAUCCUCCAUGUCUAAGUCCAGUACUGGAAUCUUCGUUCUAUCCUGGAUCCUCAUGGACCUGAUCCUGCUGCACUUCAGGCAUCUCUUUCACAGUCAUUCUCAGGAAGGCCACUGA